CUUUGAUCUGCAAUGGCGGGCGUUCCUGCGCCGCGGCCCAAGCCGGAGCACCUCCUGCUCAAAUGGGCCGGCACGGUCUUGGAAAAGUCUGAGGAUGAGUGGACCGACGUUGACGCGUUCAGAGAUGGGAGGCUGCUGCUAGAGUUGCUUGAUCGCUUGUGGCUCGGGGGGAGUUCUAGCAAUCAGACAGACAGCGAUACCAUUUUAGAAGCAGACAUUCCCGGAUCCAAGGUGGACACAAUCUUUCAGGAUGAAGGAGGAGGGUUCCAAGGUGGGGUCAGGAUAAGCAGGGAAGCACAGCCUGAGCUGACACUGUGCGUGUCUCCAAAGACUCUGGCAGCAAAGGGCAAGGCUGCCGGUGUCAAUCUGGACGUCUCGACAUUGGAGAAGGUGAAGGAAGGGGAUGGCGCGGCGCUCCACGAGACGCUGUUGUCCAUGUAUCGGCCCUGGAUCAUGCAGAAUGGGCAGAAAGGGGUCAGGCGGGUGUCUAAGGGGCAGGUUAGUGAGACCGCAAAAGUGAAGAAGACGGCAAUUGGGGAUGAAAGUGUGGAAGCUAGCAGUGGAGCUUCCGAAGGGGGGAGUGGGCUGAAGGUAACAGGAUCAGAGAAGGAGGAUGAGACUCAAGCAGGGGCGGGCGAGAAUUCGCUCGGUGGUUCACAAGGCCAAAGUAAGUUGGUGGCGAGGGGGAAAGAGAAAGUGGGAGCUGGAGCUGCGAACAAUCAAAAAGAUUCUGAGAGAGCUCCAGAGGCGCUGGAAGGGGCACAAAAAGAUGCACCAAUGGCAAGAAAAGAAGAGGAGAGAGCAGAAAACGCGGUGGUUGCGGCGAGGGCAGAAACACUUAGGGGCGGCGCAAUAAGUGCUGACAUACCUCCGGGGGCGGCAAGUGUCGCAUCGGCAGCCGGUGAGCCAAGCCAACCAGGGAAGAGAGCGAGGGCGAACGUUUUGAAGCAGCUCAACACGAAAGCAAGAGCUGGGUUAGUGGCUGGUCACAUCGAGAAGAUUGCUUCACCAACGUCAGCUGGCGAGUUCGUCGGCAGAGCUGGGGACAGGAUUCAGAGUGGGGUGUCUCCAGCUUUGGUUGAAAGUGAUGGGGUUCAGGCUGCAGAUCUGGUUAGGGAGGGGGCAGACGCAACCAGCGAGGAAGAGAAGCAGGAUGUCGCUGUCACGACGAAAGGGAGCCCCGCAAAUCCGGAAGUUAAAGAUGCAGAAAGCGAUGGUGGCUCAUCUUCAUCGCUGUCGGUCCAGGACAAGAAAGUGAUACUCAGCGACAGUGCCAAGUCGGAGACCCUGAGUGGGUCCGCGACAACGGGGUCAGCGAAACAGACAAGGUUUGAGAAAGCGGCGGAGCCAGACAGAAAUGGCGACAGUGGAGACGGCGCCAAGUGGCGGGCUCCCCUUCCGCCGCGAUCAGCGUACAGUGCUUCAGACGGCCAGCUGAUGUCGGCACGGGCCUGGCUCGCCGACAUCAUCGCUGGUGUCAGCGCUGAUGUCAGCGAACGUCCCAGCCCGCCCGAGUUUGAGAGCGGGGUCGCGCAUGUCCGCGCCUGCGAGCUGCUGCUUGACACCAAUUCCGACUCCGAGCUGAGGCGAUUCGGAGUUGACGAGCCGGUGUCAAUGACUGAGAGGCGGGUGACAUUUGUGUAUGAGCAGCUGAGGUCGCAUGGUGCAAGGGUGUCGAACCUGAGGCGGCGGAAGAGGUCUAGCGGGGGAGCGAUCGACGGGGAAAAGCUAGGGGCGGAGGCAGAGAUCGAGUUGGCUGAGACGCUGAUGUCAGCGGCCGCGGAGCUGGGGUUGAGCGUUCCGAGGGCGGUGGAACGGAUCAGGGAGCUGACUGGUGUGAAAGAACACCCGUACGAUUGGGAAGACGCCCUCCAACUGUGGGUCAACGCAGUCCUGGCGGAUCACCACAGCAGGACACCUGUCAAAGACGCGAAAGCCGACGAAGGGCUGCUCUGCAUCGACGACUUAUUAGUUGACCUCAGCGACGGCCGCGCGCUCGCAGUCCUCCUCCACUCCCUCUCCCCCACGCUCAUCGAUCCACGUGGCAUCCCCCUCGACCGCCAGCUGUCACGCUCCGAAACCGCCCACGUCAUCGGCUUGAUCCAGCACGCCGCCCGCACGAUCCGGGUCCCCUUUCCGCUGACGCCUGCUGACCUCAUCUACGGUCACGCUGGCGUCAAGCCCGCCCUCCUCUACUUUCUGGCGGCUAUCUUCCGGACCUUCGAGCAGAAAGAGCCGUUGCUGCCCGUCGUUCGAAAAGUUCCGUCGUCGAAAGGUGCGAAGACGGGGAGCGAGCCUGGAGCUGUCCGUUCCGGCGAGACGAUAUCCGCAGGCCCACCUGAUUGGAUACCGGAACCCCGGAAAACCGAGUCGCCUCAUCGAAGAGGAUCCUCGGAAAUCCCUGAUCCGCGCUGGGAAAUUGAGGCCCCUGCAGUUAGCUCGUCUUCUGGGCGACCAGAAAGUGGACGAAGUCAAUUGGGAGGUCGCUAUUUGUCUUUCGGUCGCCCUGCAAGCAAAGAAUCAACCUCGCCCACGGCCGACAUUCCGGUUGAAACAGUUGAUUCCGCUCGGAGCACGCAGGACAGCAUGAGUGCGGAAACCCCAAGCGGUGGGGUAAAAGACGGGUCCCGGCGAAGAAGCAGUUCAGUCGAAAAGCGGGCGGGGAGCGCUUCACCGGGCAGCCAAGAUGUAGGGGAGACGCCGGCGAAGCAAAAUCCCCUCGGCUCCAGAACGACGUCAACGCGUUCCUCCAGGACCACGUCAGCAAAACCUUCCAGGUUGACGUCACCCGACUCCUCCCGGCUGACGUCGGCACGCUCUUCCGGACGGUUGGCCGUCAGUCCGACCAUGAUCUCUAGCGGCGGGGUGGCGAACCUGGAAAGCGAUUUCCAGCCCGGUGCUGACGUCACUGGAUUCGUCAGCGCGCUGCCGAGUGCAUCGAUGACGUCAGAGGAUGCCCGGGCCGUCCGGCAGGCGAAUCUGUGGGCGCUGCUGAAUCGAGCGGAGGCGAACGCGGCCACCGCCGCGGCGUCGCUAUCGCUGGUCCGGGAGCGGCUCUCCGAGGAGCUCUCCGCCAGAACCGGGCCGGAACGGAACCCAAACGGAUCGCCGACAAGGACCCAGAUGGUGAAGAGUGGGGUGGGAAGAGGGAGCAAAGAGAAAAGCGGGUCGGCACGGAUGUCGGCAGAGGUUGGAAUGGUGGGAAGGGCAGAGGGAGCGGUUGCGAGGGCCUCUUCCGCUCCGGUUCCGCUGGCGGAGUUCCGUUUCGAGGGCGGACUGGAGGACGAGGAUAUGGUGCGCAUUGGGGAGCCGAGUGCGGUGGAGCUUGGUUCAGAGCCGAGCGGAACUAGGAUGGGGGGUUUGGAGAUGGCGGACCGGGAAAACUUGGCGAAUGCCUCAGAGAUGAGUUCCGGGCAAUUGGGCAGUAUGAAUGCGCGAAGUUCGGGCGAAGGAAAAACGGACGUCCGGACAAGGACGAAGAAGUUCUCAUUGCGGACGCACCCGUUGGAAAGGUUCGAAGCUGUGGGCAGUGACCGGUUGGAAACGGUCGGAGGAGCCGCAGCGGGCGAGCGGGGAGCGGACGAGGCGGAAACGGAAACGACGGCGGAAUGGACAAAAGCGGAACGAGCUGGAGCGAACACAGGGUCGCUAAGUUCAUCCCAAAUAAAAGAAAAGUCUGAUGCCUGGGCAAGGGAAAGUAGAGCGAAAGAAAGCGCUGAUCUGCCUCGUCUUUCGCUGGAGUCUCCAAGAGGCAGCGUUUUCAGAGUGCUUGACGCUUUGAAAAGCGCUUCGAGUCCCGUCGAAACCCGCAGCCUCAGUAAAGUAGGUGUUCCGCGGUUGGAUCUUCCGGGGGAGUUCACGAGCCCCGUAAGUUUAAGCCCCCGAACCGAACGGUCCUCGGGGCGAAGCACCGGGCUGAAGUCCUACAGGACACGUGGCAGUCGUGUGCUCACCGAGCGGUCCGUCGAGGCGCGGCGCAGCCUCGAGGUGCAGUUCCGGCUGCUGGAGGAGCAGAAGGCGGAGUCGGACCGGAAACGGAACGAGGGCUCGGAGGUGCGCAAGUCGCUGGAGGAGCGGAGGGCCGCGCUCGUGCGGAGGUCGCAGGAAGGGGUUGCGGGUUUUGCGGGAGGGUUAGGGGGUUUGGUUAGCGGAAACGAGAGUUUUGCGACCGGGUCUGGAGGUCUAGUGUCCGGAGGCGGCUCGAUCCUGCGCGUGUUGUCCGAAAGGCUGAGCCGGAGCACGGAGGGGAGCGAGGGUGACGUGGCAGAGGCUCGGAGUGACGUCAGCGGGGUGAUGACGUCAGAAGCGGCAGACCGGAAGAGUGACGGGAAUGGGGCGACAAGCUACGUUGGGUCAAUUGAAUUGGCGGUAUCAGAGGGCAGAGGAUCGAGCCGGGCAAAGAGUGAAGCUCGAAGCGAAGAUGCAUCGAACGAGAAUGACAGAAAAUCAGACAAGCGGCGGACUCCGGAGCUGCCACGUGGCAUCCUGGAUGAUGCGGCCCGGGGCUUGGACGUCCGAGCUUCGACGGAGAGUGUGUCCGAAGCUCGUGCCUCGGAACAGGGCUCUGUACCUCCGCUAAACGUUCCCGCGGGACCUUUAAGGCUUUCCGCCGGUCCGCCGAUUGACUCAGCGGAGCUGCGGGGUAAUCCUAGCAAUCCAAUGAGCGUCCGGGAAAGUUCUAGCCGUCCUGCCGAUGCUUUGAGGACUUCAGUUGAGACCGAGCGGAAAGAGAUUGACUGGGGCAGCCUUGACUCGGACAGCCCCGUCCGGCGGACGGAGUUUCCGUCGGACAGCGAGAGUUCCGGUCGGUUGGGGGGAGGUGCCGGAGCGGAACGGAACCCUUUCCAGGAGAAAAAGGCGGUCGACUGGGGAACGCUGCUGACCGGGGACGGGCUUGAUUUAAGUAGUGACGUUAGCCGGCUGGACGACAGCAUGGAGUCAAGAGGUGGGGCGGGGACGGAGCCGGAUUCCGCCGGGGUGGAACCGGACUCCGCGGAGGCCGUCCGGAACGGGGAAGGUUCGGAGGAGCAAGGUGGCAGCAGCUUGUGGGGUGAUGAGGGACACGUGUCGAAAUGGGACAGGCGCUGGAGUCCGGAGAGUAUGCACGCUGACGUCAUGCACUUGGAGGCGGAAGAGAAGGAAGAGAGGGGUGGAGGGGAGGGGUUGUGGAAAGAAUUGGAUAAUGGUCUCUCGUCGCACGAGGACGAGAAGGAGAAAGAGAACGAGAACAAGAACGAGAACGAAAACGAAGCCGAACCCAGCCUUCUUCCCGAGCGCCACUUGCGCAAGCCGCCCAAACCUGUCGCGCUCCACUUGAUCGACCGCGACGACAGCGAGAAGCGCGCGCGCAUGCAGCGCGCGCUCGACGAGAAGCGCGCGCAUUUUCUUUUGGAGAGGCAGCUCCAGCAGGCCGCGGCCGCGGCCGCGUCGAGCCGCCGGCCGACUGACGACAGCUCCCAAAACCCCGAAACCCUUUUGGUAUCGGAUGUUCCUUCCGGGAAGCGGCGAUCGAGCGGCUCUUCAGCGGAAGGCGACGGCGGACAUCCGGCGGAAGGCGACGGCGGACUUCCGGCAAAGGGUGGCGGCGGAUCGCGGUCAAAAGGCAACAGCGGCUCGUCAGCACACGUCAGCCGCAGGGGUUCGGGGGUUUUGGACGGUCCAGCCGACGGCGGCUCGUCCGGAAAACCAAGCCGCCGGGUUUCCGGGUUGUCCGAGGAUUCUGAGGACAAAGCGGGCCGCAAGCUCUCGGGGGUCAGUCCGUUUUACGCGGCGCCCCCCCGAAUGUCCAACAAGAAGCUCGUCCGGAAUGCGCUGAGCACGGUGUGCCUGGCCGGGGGGGCGCUCAAGCUGGAGAGGGAGCGCGCGCUUAUGGCUCUUGACGCUUUCGACGGCGACAACUUCGUAAUCCUAUUCAAGGACGACAAAGGGACCAAGUUCAAGGGGUUGUACGUUUUGUCAGCGGAUGGAAAAGAGAUUGACCGCAUCUACGGCUCUGGGCCGGAGAGCCUGCGAUCGGACGGUGUUGCUCACUACCUCAAGUACGACUCGGGGGCCAAGGAGUUCAAGCCGCUGCAGACGCAACAAUUCACCACUUCGACGUGCGCAGUGGCGCCGUCGAACAGAGCUCCGGGCAAGCGCCUGAGCAGGUGAUUCGAUAUGCAUAGCAGCACGCCGCAAGCUAGGAGCGAGGACGCAACGAAGGAGAAGGCAUGGCGGCAAGCCAAACAGGAUCUGUUGGCAAUUCCGGCCAGGCCCGGCUUAGGUAGCUCGAGCUUUCUGAAAUACAUUUAGCCCGCCGAGCACCUAAGCCAGACUUGAUAAGAUAGGUAGGAUAUGAAGCACUGUGCACGCGCUUGAUCUGCAUUCGACCAGAUUCUGACCCCGGCUACUACUGAUUAAUCCAGUCCGGC